AUGUCUAAGGACGACGCCUGCAAAGUGACGUCUGCCAGCAAACACAAGGAGCGCAAGCCGAAGAAGCCUCACUAUAUUCCCCGUCCAUGGGGCAAACCCUACAACUACAAAUGCUUCCAGUGUCCUUUCACUUGCAUGGAGAAGUCUCACCUGUACAACCAUAUGAAGUACAGCCUGUGUAAGAACUCCCUCUCUCUGCUCAUAGAAUCAGACUGGCCCUAUAAAAAGGGCAACAUCUUGCACCCAGACCAGCUACGACCCUUUCAGCAGGCACACGGUCUCCGUGCUCCUGGAAAGGAUGAGCUAGAGCAGAUGACACGGGCUGAGGAGCGACAGAGGCAGCGGAGGAGCACGGAGGAGGAAGGAGAGGACAGGGAAAGCCAGGGACCAGAGGAAGAAGAGGAGGGAGGACGGGGGGAGGGAGCAGAGAUCGCCGGGCUGACGAAAGAGAGCUCCGGCAAUAGCAGCAGCAGAGGAGACGCCACAGAGUGCGCUGCCAAGAAAACCAAACCGCCAGAGUCAGAGCUUCUGAUGGCUGACAUGCUCUCACUAGAAGACCAGCUUCUACGAGCACGCUCAGUAGAAGUAGAGGCCCAGCUCAAACACUAUAAGCUCUCCAAGACCUGUCUCACAGCGCCCGGGCUGCUGACGGAGCAGUGGCGGCUGUUAACAUCCAGCCAAACUAAGGCCAAGUCAGAAGGAGCUCAGCCCAGAGUGAGUAGCUCAAUUCCCUGUUACCCUCCCCCACCAAACCUGGUGGACUACCAGGAUCCCACCGGACUAAAUCUGUCAGUGCUCGGGGUGGGCUAUCCCAUCAGCCCCAGCCUCUUCUCCUACAUGAACUCAGCUAUUCCCACUGCUGCCACCGGUGUCACCGCCCAGGCCCACGCACAGCUCGCCCAGCUACCCUUCCUGGCGUCGGCCGCUCAGCUGAUGCACCCAGCCUCCGGAACGCACACAGACAGAGCUCUCAUCCCCCCUCGUCUCUACUACCCGUUCCUGUGUGAGCACACGUUCGGAGCGGCCUCCACUCAGAGUGAUAGCAGCAAAGGACUCAAGACGUCCACAAACAGUCUAGAGGCAAAUCCCCUGUCUGGCUUCCAGCCUAAAGUCAACCUGUGGAAAGUGCCGGCUUUGCGGCCAGGGACCACCGCUGUCUCCCCUGCUGGCUGGGUGUCACCUCAGAGAGACUCCCCCGAUCAGGGCUACAGGUUGGGGGAUAAAGCGCCAGCCACAGCGAAGGAAGGCAAAGCAAGCUGGGGGCUAAAGAGGACGGGGGCUCCACUGGGGAACCAUGAGGCACCUGUGGAGAAGAAGCCAGCCAUGGGCUUCACUUUGGACCUGCUGAAGAAUAUUCAGACUGCAUCGACUCUUAACAUGGCAGCGGACAAACUUCUCUUCCAGAACAGUUUACAGGACGCUCAGCUUCAGCCCCGGCCCACUGAACUGUGGUACAACGAUCCUCUCACCAGUCCCAACAGUGAAACAUCCUCCCUUUCAACAUGUGGCGGGCCCAACAGCCAAGACUCGACUGCUGCUCGGACAAUGGGAGAGGGAGCAUCAGAGUCGGUGGCUGCUCUCCUGAGUGACCUCUCCAAGGCCUUGCAGGAGUACCAAGAGGCUGAGCGCAAAAUCUCCCACCUGGAGAAGGAGGACCUUCCUGCCCAGCGCCACCUCUGGGAACACCUGAGCAAAAUCCGCAGCGAGCUCUCCCACAUCCACCAGGCGCUGGAGCGGACAGCUCGCCAGAGCGACGGGCCUCUGGACCUGUCAGUGAAGAGGGACUCGACAGAUUUGGCUGGUGACCAGGGCAUGAGAGAGGACAGCAGUCUUAAGGACAACGGUACAGAGUCAGAGGAGGAGGACGAGGAGCUGGAGGAGAAAAAGGAGGAGGAGGAGGAUGAGAGUGAGAGGAAGGCGAUGAGGGCUUCGUUGGAGAGUCGUAAGCAGUCGUUGGACAUGUUGAUCAAGAUGAGUCAGGCAUCAGUGGUAAACACAGAGGUUCUGUCUCCCGGCGGUCUCAGCAUCAGGCCCAGCCCGGCUGAGGCCCUGUGGCCGAGCAGAACCACUAAGUGUGAGGCAGACUCCAGCGUCCUGCUCUGCCCCGACGGCCGAUCAGUGGUGUUCACCGACAUCCCUGCCUCCGCCAAAACCUCAAAGAGACCCCCGUCCAUACAGCGACUAGAAGCUCAGUGUCCGCCAAGCCCUUUGACGGCUACUGACAACUAA